GGUCACGUGACAUCCCCUUGGUAACGCAAGAUGGCGGCGCCCAUGUUGCUGCCCGAGUCCCCUCUGGGGAAGCUGAGCCAUCAAAAAUACAGAGCUAUUCUGAAGAAAGAAAAGCGAAAAAAAAAGCGUCAGGCGCUUGCCAAACUAAGAGAUUCAGAAGCUACAGAAAAAGAUGAAUCGGUGUCUGAGGAGGAAGAGGAGGAACUGGAAGAAGAGGAGGAAGAGGAAGAGGAAGAAAAAAAACUUGAGGCAGAAAGACAAAAACUACAUGAACAGUGGUUGCUGAGAGAAGAAAAGGCCCAAGAGGAAUUCAAGCUUAAGAAAGAAAAAGAAGAGGCUGCAAGAAAACGUCAAGAAGAAGAAGAGAGGAAGAUCAAAGAAGAAUGGGAAGAGCAGCAAAGAAAAGAGAGAGAAGUGGCACAGCAGAAGCAACAAGAGAGGAGAGAAAGAGAGGCAGCUGUGCAGAGGAUGCUGGAUCAAGCUGAAAGCCAGCUGGAGAAUGGUGUGACCUGGCAUAAUCCAGAGCCCCCUGAGAAUAUAGGAACAGAGAAGGAUAGAGCAAAUUGCCCAUUCUAUAUUAAAACAGGUUCCUGCCGAUUUGGAGACAGGUGUUCUCGCAAGCAUAACUAUCCAACAUCUAGUAAGACACUACUCGUCCGGGGGAUGUUCAUUACUUUUGGCAUGGAGCAGUGCCGGAGAGAUGACUAUGACACAGAUGCGAGUCUCGAGUACAGUGAUGAGGAGACCUACCAGCAGUUUCUGGAGUUCUACGAGGACGUGCUCCCCGAGUUCCAGAACGUGGGGAAGGUUGUUCAAUUCAAGGUCAGUUGCAACUAUGAGCCUCACCUGCGAGGAAAUGUGUAUGUCCAGUAUCAGACGGAGAAGGACUGUCAGGCAGCUCUUGCUCUAUUCAGUGGACGAUGGUAUGCAGGCCGACAGCUUCAUUGUGAAUUUUGUCCCGUGACAAGGUGGAAAACUGCUAUAUGUGGCUUAUUUGAAAGGCAGAAGUGUCCAAGAGGGAAACACUGCAACUUCCUUCAUGUAUUCAAAAAUCCAAACAAUGAGUUUUGGGAGGCCAACAGAGACAUACGUAUUUCUCCUGAACGGACUAAUCAGUUGUCUAAAAACUCUGAAAGGAGAAACAGAACGAGCCAUCGUGAUGACUAUUACAGCCGGUCAAGGAGAAGGGGCAGCCCAAGCCCAGAUCAUUCUUACCGGAGAAACGGAGAAUCCGAGAGAAAAAAGAAUCGCCGCAAAAACAAGAGAAGGCGCCGAUCUGGAAGGUCAAGAAGCCGAGAGAGGAGGAGAUCUCGCAGCAGGGGGAGAAAGAGGAGAGGCCGCAGUCGCAGCAGAAGUCAUAGUCGAACACGCAGCAGGAGCAAGAGUCGGAGUUCCUCUCGAUCCAGGAGCAGGGGUAAAAAGAGAUCGAGCAGCAGAGGAAAAAAUAGUGAAACUCCCAAAACAAAGUGAGAAUUACUUUUUGAAAUUGCUAAUUGAUCAAACAUAGAGCUGACAAAGAAAUCUUUCCAGUAGGGCACCAGAUACAUUUGAGUUUCAAAUAAAGUGUUCUUGCACAUUAAAAUGUUUCUUCCUAAUAAAGGAACUUAGUUUAUUGUGUGCUAAGCUUCAGAAAAUAUAUAAGGUGUGAAUGUCAAGUACUCUAGCUACUCUGUCCCUCUGAACUGCUGCAACACCUGGACGCAUACCAAGUACAAAUAGAAAGAGAAGUAAAGCUUAUUUGGUAUAUGCUUAUUUCUGUGUUACGUGUGUGUUAAGUGUUUACUGUCCUUGUAAGGAGUUAGUACAGAACAGCCAGCGUGCUGUAAAUUCACACCACAGCAUACUGCAAAUUGAAGUCUGUGUAGAAGACUGCCAUUUAUAGUUUCCAUCUGUUUAUGGGAAGUCUCUUUCUAGACUGAGUAAAUAUAAUCAUGUUACGAGUUGGAGAAAAGGGAUCUAAAAGACAUCACUGUUUGUACAAUACUUGCCCAGUAGGAGCUUUGUGGUCAUAAGUGUUGGAUUUUUCUCUCUCCCCUGACUGAGCUGCUGAGCUAAUUGCCUGUGGGGAUUGCGGUAGGCUAAAGCCCAGUAGGAAGUACACAGAAAAACAAUCAAUUUAUUCAGUACCUUAAUCCCCAAGUAAGAGUGGAGACCGUGCACUUGUAAUCCUCGAGUGAGGAUAGAAAAUACUUUGCAUACCAUUUGUAGUUGAAAACCGCGUGCCUCAGUUGCGAUGGAGUGGUGGAAAAGCGAACCCCUGGUAACCGAAGAUGCGCGUGUGGCUGUGAAGGCUCAGGAUGGUCGCGGAGUGGCUAAAGAAACCAAAGGGUUUGUACCUGAAACAAUACUUGAGGUUUCGGGGAGAGGAGGGCUUAAGGCCUUCUUAGGCUUAUUUUGCAAACGGUUUAAGGCACCUUACUGCUUAGCUCCCCUGUGGUCAAGGUGGAGGGUAGGGUACAUAAAAAUGACGUUAUCAGGAAGAAACCUUUUUAUGAUGACAGCUGUAUUAGCAAAGUACCUGCGAUUAGAUAAAUCCUUACCAAUAUUUCUUCACUUUAAUUUAAAAGACCUGUGCUGUUAAAUGGACUGUACUUCACAGUGCCUGACUUCAGGUGUUUGACUUGGGCUCCGAGGUGUCCUUAGGCGCCUGGAGAGACCAGUUUGUGGCACUGAAGGUGCAGGUGCCCAGGACAGCCUGCAGAGAUGCCUCCCUUUGCUGAGCCUCUCCUUGGGCUCCUCAGGCCUUCAGAGUGCAGUUCAGGCCACCCGUGAGAAGCCUCGAGUAGACAUGACGUGCUCCCAAAUAGGUAAUCGUUACGGCUCCAACAAUGUAACAUAAAGUCCCGUAGAAAAUCUGGAUUUCCAAACUUUACGAUAGCAUUCUUUACAGCAAGAAUGGGUUUUUUUUCCCCAGGAUAGUUAAGAGUGAAUGAACAUUGCUUCUGGAUAUAAAAUAUAUAUUUUUGCUUUUCUAAAUGCAUACUGCACCUAGCAUGCUGAUUAUACAUUCUCCUUCCUUCAUGUGUAACUGUUGUCCAAUAUGGAGUAAUACAACAAAAGUGCUAUAUAUUGAUGUUCAGUUCAAACCCGACUUUCACUAUAUAGUGUCAUAACUGUAGGCAGAAUUGUAGCUUAGUUAAUUUGAUUAAAUGUUUUAGUUAUUAACAGAUGUAGGAAUUGUAAUUUAAUAGCAUAACUUUUGAAAUAGUAACUUGGUUUGAAAGGCGUUAUUCAAAGGAUAGACAGCACUAAGUUUUAAAUUAUAUUUGAGAAAUUUGUGACCACCAGUCUCCCGUCACGUAUGCUUUUCCGACUGGACCUUACAGACAGAUUUUCCCCGAGAUUUCUAUUUUUUCAUUGGCGCUCCCUCGUCUAGUUGGGUUACUGGCGUGGAGCGUGGCAAACUGGGGUUCAUUUCCCCGGAGCAGAACUGAACGGGCAUUUCCUACUCGCCGGGGCGCCCCCGGGGCAGGCCAGUGCCACCUUCCUGGGGCCGGGGAAGGCUCUGCCCGGGAGGGGCUGGCUGGGGCCGGCGGUAGCGCCUCGCACGCCCGGCGCCACCCGGCACUUGGCGCUGAGCCUUGCCCCGGCGCAGGCACGUAGCCAGCCCAGAUGGAAGCAGUGGGGAAGGGGGUGGUGGGAACCCCCGGUCAGGGGGGUGAAAAGAGCAAAGCAAAGCCUCGGUAGGGUUAGGAACCAAGUGCCAACUGAGACCCGUGUGAGAAUUCCACAGGUAAUUAGGCUCCUUGUCCCCACAGUUUUGUAAUGGGAUCUGGGAAGCUGAGCUGCUGUAUUUUUUUAAAAAAAAGUUCUUAUAAUUAAAAAAAAAACAAAAAAAAAAAACCACAACCUUGCUCAGAGAUGCAUGUAAAAAUUUUAAAAUACUUUAUUUCUGCUACUAUAAUGGCUGAGGCUUCAGCUUUUUUUUUCUUGAGGUCUGGACCCAAAGUUACUGGGCAUACCUGUGCAGUGCAGGGCUGGUAGCUGUAAUUAUCAUUCACUUUCACAAGCAGUCUGUUUAUUACACAGAAAUUGAGUGCUGUAGAUCUGACAUUUAGUUUGCAUUUGUUAGCAUGAAACCUGGAAUUCAACCAGUUUUCUAACUUCAGCGUUCAUGUAUUUCAGUACUGUUUCCCUACUUCAUAAUCUUAAGUAGUGUUAUGCAUGGUUUUGUGUUUAUUAGACAAGUGAGCUAUUUAUUCUGAAGAGACAAAGAGACUAGAAGUUUUGUCAUGUUAAGCUUAAUUAUUCUCUUUUUCCAAAGGGGAAAAGCCCCAGAAGAACACAGAAAGGAUUUAAAUUUGCAAGGAAUAGCUUGUUCUCGCUGCGCGUUGCUCUGCGUAUUCCACAUAACAGGACCUUAUAAAGUGAAUUAAUAUUGGCCAA